AUGAACAAAAGAAAGGUCGACUUCAUGUCCGACCCUGUGGACACACAUGAGAUCUCUGAGCUGCACGAGCUUCAUGGCGAAGGCGAAGCACCAGGCCCGGGUAGCCAACUCCCUGAGACCCAAGAACCACGCAAAAAGAAGAAGAAGAACAAGAAGAAGAAGCGGUCCUCUGAAACCACUCAGACUGGUGAGAGUAGUCAACAGGGUCUUGCACAGAUCAUGGAGCUCCAGCAGGCGAACCAGAGCAACUCUCUCACUGAUGAGGAAUUUUCGCCGGGCAUGUUCCAUCGUCUCACGACGAUCACCCCUCUCAAUGGUCCUCAUGCAAAUCCCAACCGGCGAUUCCCUCCCGCCCCAAUCCCCUUCAAACACAACGACUACCUGCACACCCUGCCGAUCUCCGAAGCAGACGUCAUUGCGAUGCAGCUCUUCCAGGGAACGUACCGGCUCGAGAUCAGCGAACUCCCCCACCAGGAAUGUCGGAUGACCCUCAUCUGGGACUACGACCGUCUCUGGGGCUGCUUCGACAUUGGCGUGUGGAAGGGCCUGAUGCUCAUCGACCCUGGGCCGCGGGAUAACACCAUGAACUCGUACUCCUUUGCGUGGCGAGGUGUCUGCGAGAACGAGCCCGAGGUCGCGUAUGAUAACGAGGGUAUCACAACCGGAGAAAUCAUCCUGGGUGGAAACGGUCUUGUGUCCGGCUGCUUCAGGGGAAUGGCCGUUGCGGAUUUCCCCGACGACAAGUGCGACUUCAAGGCCGUGCGGGAGGUAGGACCGCCCAUGGUGCCGUGGCCUGUUGAGACUUUCGUCGCGGACUGGAAUUAUCUUCAGCAUGACAAUGCGAAGGAGCCUGAGUCGGCCCGAUUGGUUCUGCUUCCUCUUUCUCCCGAGCCGGAGUCGCAGGUCGUGAAUGACGAGACCAUGCAGAUGGACUGCGAUCAAGAUCGGGAGGAGCCAGACCAGGUCCAGGAGGAGCAAGAUCAGGACCAGGACGAGGUCACUACUGAAGUGCAUCCAUCCUCUCCUGUCCGUCAACCGGCUGAGACACCACACACUUCCCCGCCGCCAGAGGAACCCGCUCAGCAAUCUCAACCGGCUCCCAGUACCAUCGGUCGACUCCACGCAGCCUCGUUCACCAUGCAGCGCUCCUGGGCCCGCCACAACCAGGACAAGUUCCUCGAGGUCGUCUGUGGCAGCUACGAGAUCUCCAGCCCAACCAUGAAACACAACUGGUCGCGCAAAGCCAGCAAACUCAAGAUGCGCCUUCUCGUCGAUCGCGGAGAAAGCUGCGUCUGGGGCAUGUUCGCCAUGGGCGUCUACCGCGGCAUGAUGCUCUUCCAGGAGUCACCCAUCCGCUUCCAGAAGGACAAGAGGCUGAAGUUUUGCUGGCGGGGCAGGGAGACGGAUGGUCGCGACUGCGCGGAGAAGCUGGGGUACCUCUUCUUCGCGGAGGAUAUGAGUAUUCAGGGGUGUUUUUACGAUAUGUAUGGCGAUGUGCCGUUUGCCGGAAGACGAAGGACACGUCCGGCUGUUGAUUCGCGAUUUGACGAGGCUUUCUUCAAGCAGCAGUGGUGGGAGCAUGAACCGGUUCCGCCGACUCUGCUUCGACAGGUUCACGCUCAGGCUCAGGUUCAGACUCAGGCUGAGGCUCAGACCGAGACUGAGGUUCGGACUGAGCAUCAGACUCAACCUCCGACCCAGUAA